UCCUGCUUUGUGCUUCCAGCGUGCAGGAAUUCAUGACCUUCCCGAGCCAGCUGAUCGUGGAGCGCUCGGAGCUGGGCAGCAGAGCCUCUGUCAAGGAGCAAGAGUACCUGUGCCACGUGUACGUCCGGAACGACGGGCUGGCUGGGGUGGUGAUUGCAGAUAACGAGUAUCCCCAGCGGGUUUGCUUCACCCUGCUGGACAAGGUGCUGGACGAGUUCUCCAGGCAGGUCAGCAGAGCAGACUGGGCCUCGGGAUCCCCGGCGACUAUCAGCUACGCGGCCCUGGAUGGGUACCUCAGCAAGUACCAGAACCCCCGUGAUGCCGACCCGAUGACCAAAGUGCAGGCGGAGCUGGAUGAGACCAAGAUCAUCCUGCACAACACCAUGGAGUCACUGCUGGAGCGAGGAGAGAAGCUGGAUGACCUGGUCUCCAAAUCAGAGGUGCUGGGGGCACAGUCCAAAGCCUUCUACAAAACU